AUGUUCCGCAACAACUACGACAACGAUGCCGUCACCUUCUCCCCGCAAGGUCGGAUAUUUCAGGUGGAAUAUGCCCAGGAAGCUGUGAAGCAGGGAUCCGUCGUGGUGGGACUGGUCAACAAGACACACGCCGUCCUGGUCGGCUUGAAGCGUAACGCCGAGGAGCUCUCCUCGUAUCAGAAGAAGGUCAUCGAAGUCGACUCCCACAUGGGUAUCGCUAUCGCCGGUCUCGCAUCCGACGCUCGGGUGCUCUCCAACUACAUGAAGCAACAGUCUCUCGGAUCCAGAAUGACCUAUGGUCGUCCCAUCCCCGUCGAACGCAUCGUCACCCAGAUUGCCGAUCGUGCUCAGACGAACACUCAGCAGUACGGUAAGCGGCCGUACGGUGUUGGCCUCCUUGUCGCCGGCGUCGACGAGGCUGGCCCUCAUCUUUUUGAGUUCCAGCCCUCCGGUAUGAUCCACGAGAUGCUCGCAUGCGCCAUUGGUGCUCGUUCGCAGAUGGCCCGUACCUACCUGGAGCGCAACCUCGAACAGAUCUCCAACAGUUCCCGCGAUGAGCUCAUCACCCACGGUCUUCGGGCCCUCAAGGAGACUCUCUCCCAGGACAAGGAGUUGACGGUGGACAACACGUCAGUGGGUGUGGUUGGCCAGGGGCCGACAGGGAAGCUGGAGAGCUUCAAGCUCUACGAAGGCCAGCAGCUCUUACCACUGCUGGAGACCGUGGAGGAACCGGCAGAAACGAAAGAGGGAGAGACGAUGGAGGUCGAUUCAUAG